CUUUGGUAGUAUGGUAGUUUCAUUUAUUUGUCGUCUGUAAUUCUAAUUUUAUUAUCUAAAAACAUGGCGGACGAAGAUGAAAUUGACGUUCUUGGAGAAUUCUCUUUUAAUUCUUGUUUUGCUCAAAAUAAUCAAGGGAUCCCAUCAUGUUCGGACAGAGAAGAUACGGUGCACCCUCAAUGGCUGCAAGAUGCCACAGCAAACAAUUGGUAUGAUACACAGAAUAUAGCUAGAAAUAGGCUGAAGGAAGGCCCAUCAAGGAGAGUUUCAGGUACAAAUGCAACAAAUAGACACAACUCUACACUACACACCACUGUGUGGAGCCAAGCCGAGAGAGAUAUACUCAAAAAGGAAAUGGCAAAGUAUGGAAGAAAUGUAAGUAAAAUAUCACAGACACUAAAAACUAAGACAGGACCUGAGAUACUUGCGCUAAUAGAGGCAGAACAUGGAAUCCAGCUAGAUACACCAGCUCAAGGACUGCGGCCAGACAAAUAUGAGAGCAUUGAAGACACUCCCACUGUGGUACAAGAAGAAAUUGUAACAGACAAUACAGUGAAUGAUGUAAUAAGUAUGGUUACAACUGCAUCUCCGACCGUAAGAGUGAUCAAACAACCAUUGAAAAAGAAAACCAAAUUCAAAUUCAAUGUUUCAAAUGUACUUGACAAAAAUAAAUCAAAAUAUGGGUAUACACCAACAAAUUUGAUAGUGAAUCCGUCGGAAAUAUUUUACGAAGAUGAUUUGGCUGUUGGGUCUACAGAGUUAGUAAAAUCAGAAAAGGAUACAUCAAGCAGUUUAGCUUUACAACAGAAAGAAAAGAUUAAAGCAAUGAAAAAAAUUGGUAAUCAUAGGAGAAAAGUGUCAAGGAACUAUGACAAAGCAAAUAGAAAUAAGAGCAAUAACAACAAGAAGUCUCCUCAAGGGAGGCCUAGGAAAGACUCUAGCUUGUCUUUGUCUGACGAUAGUGUGAAGAGUCCCAAGUUGCAAAUAUUACUUGGUUCAGGACAAGCUUUGCCAGUUUCAGAAGGAGAACAAGUGAUUAAAAUAGAGAAGAAGAAAGACUCUGAGUGUGAGAGUGACAUAGAAGUAGACAUCGACAGUGACAAUGAACGAUCUCUGAAAAAGACACCUGAAAAGCACGAAACAGCAGUUGAUGCUCCCGUAGUAGUGCCACCAAGGAAAUUCGAGCCCAUGCCUAAGAGAAAUCGUAAAAUCCCUUUGGACGGCGGCGGCGGCUACACGAUCAUGCACACGGCGGCGGGCGACCUGUACUCGGUGGGGCGCGAGCCGCGCAAGGAGCGCGCGCCGCGCCCGCCGCCCGUGCAGCUCAUCCAGUGCCGCCUGUACAGCGACGACAAGCCGCCGCCGUGCGAAGUGCACCUGCACGUGUCGGCGCUGAUCAGCAUGGACGUGCACGCGCACAGCUCGCGCGCCGAGGUGAUGGGGCUGCUGGGCGGCGACUGGUGCGCGCCGCGCCUGCUCGUGCGCCGCUACCGCCCCGCGCGCGCCGCCGCCGCCGCCACGCACUGCGACAUGGACCCAGUGUCGCAGGCGAGCGCGGCGGAGUGGCUGCGCGCGCGCGGGCUGGCGGUGUGCGGCUGGCACCACUCGCACCCGCGCUUCCCCGCCGCGCCCUCCGCGCAGGACCUGCGCACGCAGCGGGCCAUGCAGCGAGCGCUGCGCUGGCCGCUGCCCUUCCUCGCGCUCAUCACCUCGCAGCACUGGCCCUCGCGCGCCGUGCCCAGCGUCUCGAGACUGCGCUGCUUCCGCGUGGAGGAGCCGGAGUCGGGCGAGGCGGGGGUGGAGGCGGGGGCGGAGGCGGAGGCGGCGGGCUACCAGCUGCGCGUGCGGCUGGAGCCCGACGUGUCGCGCGCGUCGCUGCCGCAGCUGCUGCGCGAGCUGCGCGCGCUGCUGGCGGAGCGCGGCGAGCUCAGCGUCAACGUCGCCGAGGACGUGUGCCCGCAGGCCGGCCUCACCUAUCUGGAGAAGUGUAUACUCAGCAUACGCCACCACAUGCACUCGGCCGGCUACGAGCACGACGCGCCGCUCGUCGAGCUGCUCGUGCGCGGCGUGCGCGACGUGGUCAGGUGACCACUCACCGGCUGAAGCGCUGGACUGCUCAGUGCUCACAAGCGUGAAUUUGUACAUACAUAUUUUAAAAAUAAGCAUCACCAUCAGCAUUCAAAUAAGAGUUUUAUGAAUAAAAAAUGCGUGUUAACAUAUUUCAAUAUUUAUUUAUAUAUUUCUAUUUCCUCUAUAUAUUUUUGUUACAUAUUUUCAAUAGAUAUGAAACCAAAUGUUUAAAAUACUGUCGUAUAAUAAUAAUGUUUGUAACAAAGCUAUAUUAUAGCUUGUACCGGACUGAACAAAUAAAAUAUAUUUAAAAAUUAA